AUGGCUUGGCUAUCAGCCUUUAACAGGUCCGGCUUCCAGAAUAUACAGAAUCAUAGUUUCUCUGGCAGGGAUACCGAACUGGCAUUGCUUAACUCUUGGUACUCUGAUGAUGAUGUCAAGUUGGUACAGGAUCGAAACACGCAGACGCGCAUAGUCAUUCUCGGCGGUGUAGGAAAAACACAGCUUGUCACAGAAUGGUGUCAUAGGCUGCGUGAACGGUCUCAUGCCUCAAUCUUUUGGUUUAAUGCAGGGUCACGGGACGAGCUUCUGUCAAAAUACCGGCAAAAUGCCGGACGAUACCGAAAAUUCGCUUUAUCCGACAAGAAUGCCCAAAAAUUCGUGAAAUCCCAUGAUCGAGAAGGGGAUGAUACAGUUCUAGUCAAGGCGUGGAUACAGGCCCACGAGAACUGGGUAAUCGUCCUAGACAACUACGAUACGAUAGCUGUUGAUGUUGAGCCAUUCAUUCCAAACGGUGUCGGCCGUGUUGUCAUCACGUCCAGGGACAGGCGAGCCAUUGGUGCAGUUUCUAACGGGGGCUUUCAGCUGAAGAGGCCGCAGUCUGCUGAGGCGGAGCUUCUCUUUCUUCGCCUCAGCUCCCCCCAGAAGAACGUCACAGCUGAGAAUCUUAGAGAGCAACCUGAGCACACUAUUGUGAAGAAAAUCGUGUCCGAAUUGGAUGGCUUCCCCCUUGCUAUCAGUCAAGCGGCUGCAUAUGUACGCGAAAACGAGCCGUUCAGCUGUGCUGAGUAUUUAGAAAUGCUAAGGCUGCGUUCAGAUCGGGAAAUUCUUCUACGCUUCAAAGAGGAGCGGCCGGAAUAUCCUGAAUCUGCAGCCGAACUUCUUCAACUGCUCGGCUUCUUUGCUCGAUCGGGUGUUGCAGAAGGAAUCCUGCGCGACUCCUCCGCGAUCAGACCAUGGGUGGUUGGAACUCAUGGGACAACUCGGCAACUAAGUAGCGAGCAGCGUGAUGAGCUCUCUUUUCUUCAGAGUCGUGCCCAGACGACGAUAUCUCUAGGGAUCUUGAUAUCGCUCUCCCUCGUGUCCAAGAGCGAGGAUAGAAUCGUCUCCGUCCACCCACUCGUUCACGAAUGGAUACAAGCGAGGCUAAAACCAAAGCCGAUGGAAUCCAACAGAGUCUUACGCCUCUGCAGCUUGAUACUAUACCAAGCGUUCCCGCUCGAAGGAAUAACAUCAGGCCACAUGUCGCGCUUCGCGGACAUGCUAAUGUUUACGCCUCAUUUUCUGGAGAUGCUUGACGCGCUACAACGAUCCAAGCCGGAUUCAACGCCCCUACCGUUGGAGCUCAGAUCUCUUCUCCUUGCACACCUGCUUUUUGAACUAAGGCGAGAGACUGCACUUAUAGCUCUUAGACAUCCACCGUUAGUCGUUCGGGUCUUCCCUUCCAGUAUAUUUGCUACGAAGGAGCCCCUCGACGCCAUCCAAAGCCAGUUAUUUACAGUGUUACGUAAUUCAGUUGCUGUAUCGGAUGCUAUGGCUUUGGUUCGGAUCAUGAAUGUGUUACAGCUCGGCAUAUCGACCUACUCGUCAGCACCUCCCUGGACUCCCCCCCGAAAAGUUUACAUGGUGAUUCUCGUCAUCUUCGCGCUCGAAAUCUUUGAAAAAUGGCUUCGACAUCCCCCAGAUGCAUCCUACCCUUUGGACCAUAUUUCUGGAACCUGUUUCAACAUCGAGCAGGACAUGGCUUCAACGCUGUACAAAAUUCUCUCAUUCAUCUCACUAGAGACUGGUGAAGUGCAUAAUGAGAUUUUGUUUCUCCAGGUUCGCGUAAAACUUGUCCUAGCUCAGGUCUUGACUGUCGAUGAGUACCUAAAGCUCCCGUGGCAUUUCUUUCGAGACGGAAUAUCACGGGAGCAAGUGGCGUGUGUCGAUCUCUCGAUGGCGAUUGAUUACUUCGCCGUUUGUGCUAAGUUUAACAGCCCAUAUCCAAAAGAAGUUACGCGCGCCUUAUUGCUUGCUGCGGAAGCCUUCCAACAGGACCAACAACCGAAGAACGACCCAGCUAAUUUCGGUAUCCCUUUUGUGUCGAAUAGUUUCGGUCGAGAUGUUGAAUCAUAUAUUCCCAAAAUAUUGAGCCAUUCUAUAAUUAAAGCAUCGAAAGUUCUAGGUGAAGCGUGCCUCGAAUGCAGCCUGUCACUCUUGAAAGGCCUAAAAUCGAGAAUGACCAUCUCUCCAGUGGAUGAGCGCGCCGUUGGUAUCUCUUUAAUUGGCUUACUAAGAGCAAUGGAUGCGGUAAGGUCGGCCCUCGAAAACAAGAUGAAACUUGAUAGCAGCCAAAAUAGCAGCCGAAACCAAAAUUUGUUCCCCUUUACAUCUGACGAGCAGCGCUUCGAGUUCCAACGUCUAUAUGUGCACGCUUAUUUCCUCCGGGCCGACUAUAUCAGCGCUAUCCCGGAUCUUCAAGACCUCUUUCAAGCUGAGAAAAUUAUGGCUCGGUUUGGAUUCGAAUACAGCGAUCCACGCCGCUUACUUAUCGGCCACGGCGAUGGUGCCAAUGAGGAGGAUACUGCCGCAACGACGCCCCUUCUUCCUAGACCCGGUCUCAAUGGGUUGAGGCAUCAGGGAUACUUCGAUAACAGCUCUAACGUUUUCAACGCCGGAGAGCAAAUCGCGGCUUGGUACGCCAAGGAAUCGCGGUUGAAGGACCUUAAUGUAGCGAAGGAGUUAUUGCUGAUCUGGAUAAAUUGCCUCGGACACCUGGAACUCGCAGCUGAAAGGGACCGCCACGUAUGGCGGGAUGACGUGCAUGCUAUACGGCGCACACAUUCGGCUGAGACAAUUGUUAUCGUAUACAGCCUGGCGAAGGCGUCACUUGGGCCCGGGGGCACAGUUGGCGUUACCCGAGUCCCUGAGGCGAGGGGGAUACCAACCAUAUCUGGGCCUGGGCUGCAGCGGUGGACCACUCGGGGUGAUUCUCCUUUAGUAGACGCGGGCUGGAAGUCGAAGUUAAGAGAUGAUCCCGGGCCGACAAAGGCUGGUUCGACAAACCCCGGGGCGAAUAAUAAUGAACAUGGAAACAAUGAUUUGAUAUGUGAGGAUAUAGAUUUUGAAAUGGAUUUUGAAAUGGAAUUGGAGUAGACGGUGGUGUUAUUGGUAUACCCCUUUAUCAUAGGCAGCGACAAUACUUCUGCAUUGUAUAUCUUAUGACGAAAAUAUCGGUUUUGAAGCUAGAUCUAUAUUGUCUUUUUAAAAAUUUAUACAGCGAUAUUAGAUUCACCCUAUGGAAAACCAGAUCUUAUUC